CUCUCCCUCUCUCACGCCUCUUCCCUCCCAAAACCCAUUUGAAAAAAAAAAAGAAAAAAGGAAACACAUUUUGGGCUCUUACACUGAUCAAUGGAGAGAGAGGAGGAGAGAGUGUGCGAAGGGUGGGAGACGCCGAAGAGGGUGGAAUGCCGGAUCUCGGCGGUGCUCCCGUGCCCGCCGCCGCCGAAGAAGAAGAAGCCGCCGAGGGCUCUUUGGAAGCGGCGGGAGCCGCCGAGGAACGGCUACUUCCAACCGCCGGAUUUGGAGACGCUUUUCGCGCUGGCGCCUCGGAGAGAGGCGUGCGCGUGACGCAACAACGGCACGGCACGGCACGGCACGGCGCAGAGCAAUCAAUUUUGUAGAUAACUCCAUGUUGUACUCUAUCGUUUUGAUUUGGAAGUAGCUGUAGUUGUUAGAGAUUAGGGAUACUAUAUAUGUCUUAAUGUGCUCUUCGUGUAACAGUGGAAGUGAGUUUUUGCUAAAUGUUAGCCCAUUUCUCUGCUUUAUUUUUGCCUUCGUUUUGAUAUAGUUGGAGGUUUAGAGAAGCAAUGGUUUGGUUUUAAGUGGUUCUAUUGGAUGAAGGUGAGACCUUUAUCAUGGGUUUUGGAUCA